AUGUCCAUGCGUGAGAGCAUUUCGCGCAUCUAUGUGGGAAACCUACCGUCUCACGUAACGCCAAGGGACGUAGAAAAUGAAUUUCGCAAAUAUGGAACCAUACUUAAGUGUGACGUGAAAAAAACAGUGUCCGGUGCUGCCUUUGCCUUUAUCGAAUUCGAAGAUGCGAGGGAUGCAGCGGAUGCGAUAAAAGAAAAAGACGGGUGUGAUUUUGGGGGUAAUAAGUUAAGGGUCGAAGUUCCUUUUAACGCGAGAGAUAAUGGGAAGUACAACUCCCGAGGGGGUAGAGGGAUGAUGGGCAGGGGGAUGAAGUCUAGGCGAGGCAGAUACGUCGUUGAGGUCAGCGGAUUGCCCCUCUCAGGAAGCUGGCAAGACUUGAAGGACCAUCUAAGAGAAGCAGGAGAGUGCGGCCACGCGGACGUUUUUAAAAACGGGCUUGGUGAAGUGUCCUUUUUCCACAAGGAAGACAUGCUUGAAGCGAUUGAAAAAUUUAACGGAUCUACAUUUAGGUCCCAUGAAGGUGAAAAAUCCAAAAUAACAAUCAGAGAGAAAAAGGUAUCGUGGCAUCGAGAAGAUGGAGGGUACGGUAGAUACGGUAGCAGGAAUAGGAGCUAUUCUAGCAGGAGCUACUCCAGGAGCGAUAAAAGGUCAUACACCAGAAGUAGAAGCUACAGUAGCAGAAGCUACAGCAGGAGCAGAAGUAGAAGCCGAAGUGGAAGUCGGAGCAGAAGCAGGAGUAGAAGCAGGAGUAGAAGUAGAACAUCUAGCAGCAGCAGAAGUAGAAGCAUGGAUAGAAGAAGAGACGCAUAUGAUAAGAAAAGAAGUUACUCCAGAAGUCUGUCUUACCAAGAAAGGAGAAAAAAUAAAAGAUCCGCAUCAAAAUCUGCAUCCAGAUCUGCAUCUAGGUCAGAUUCUAGAUCCUCCUCGUGGUCCCAUAAGAGAAGACAUUAG